AUGGAUCCUUAUGACAGUGACUCGUCGGGGUUUGAAGAAGAGGACUUCACGGAGACCAGUGUGCUUUUGGGAUACGCUUCGGAGGAGCUGUUAGAUGACUCGAUUAGUCACCUCGGAGGUUGGCCAACAUGGCUGGACGAUUCGACCCCGCCCCCAGGCGAAUUCGCCAAUUGCAAAGUCUGCAACAGCCCUAUGAUCCUCCUCCUCGAAUUGCACGGUGACCUCCCCGAACACUUCCCGGAUGAUGAGCGACGACUGUAUAUCUUCGGCUGCCCCAGAAAACCGUGCAACCGCAAGCCCGGCAGUAUCAGAGCCUUACGCGCUACACGGAAGUUGAAGAGCCAGCCAGCGCCCAAGAAAGAGGAAAAGCAGGAAUCAGUAAAGGAGAAGGAAGAGCAAAAGAAGCAGGCUGAGGCUCCCAAGCCGGAUCUUGGAGCAAGUCUGUUUGGGGCGACCUCUCUCACUGGAAGCGUCUCUGCGAACCAGAACCCUUUCUCGACCAGUUCGUCCUCCGCACAAGCCAGCAACCCGUUCGCUGCCCCUCUUGCAGCACCCCAACCGGCCAAACCAGCCGCUUCAUCGAACCUGUCCGGAAAUUCCCUUUCCGAAUCAUUUGCGGACAAAGUUCGAGUUUCCUCCCCGCCCCCGACUAUCAAGCCACCCGAGGCCGGCCCCGCUGCACCUUGGCCUCCGCAGUCCGACUUCCCCUCACCGUACAAACGGUACUAUUUAGAUGCGGAGUACGAAACGCUUUCUCGUCCACCUACCCCGAAAAUUCCCGAUAACGUUGUCAUUGAUAACACCGAAGAUGAUGCCAAUGGUGGCUCGGGCGCAGACCUGAAGGAUGCCCUAGAGUCUGAUCUGGACAAAGUCUUCAUGAAAUUCUCAACCCGUCUUGGACAUAACCCCGAGCAGAUUUUGCGAUAUGAAUUCCGUGGCUCUCCCCUCCUCUAUUCUCACACCGAUGCCGUCGGAAAGCUUCUUUACGACCCCAAGAACCCUACCUUGGGCGCUAAGGUGACUACUACUGGAGGUCCGAGCCGCAUGCCACGCUGUGAAUACUGUGGUAGCCAGCGUGUUUUCGAGCUGCAGCUCGUGCCUCAUGCCAUCAGCAUGUUGGAGGAUGGCCGUGAGGGGGUUGGACUGGGCCCCAAGGAUGAUGGCAUGGAAUGGGGAACCAUCAUUCUUGGUGUCUGCAGCAAGGACUGUGGCCCCGAGAAAAUUGGGGAAGUCGGUUGGCGUGAGGAGUGGGCGGCAGUGCAGUGGGAAGAAUCAAAAUAA